AUGUCGAAUGCAAACAGUUUCUCAGUUUCUACUUCAAUCAGUGAAGAGGCUUGUUUGGGUUAUUUUUGGUCCUUCUUAGCCCUUGUCCAGCGGAAACUUGGACAUAAGAAUCCAAUUAAAGCUGAAAAAGCAGGAGAUGGGAACACGUUAGAAUCUUUUGUAAGUACAAUUUGCAACAUGCGUAAUUUCCGAAGUUCCAGUAACAGAAUUUAUCGAGCACUAUGGUAUGAGAUCAUUUGGAACGACGAAACAAUUAGGAUAAUACGCUAUAAAGUUAAAAGCAAAAGUUGGCUCAAUGCCAAAAAUCUUUACACUGCAAAUUGGAGAGAACGUCUAGACGGCGGACCUGAUUAUGGCGUCUGUGGCAUGCGUGUGUAUAUGUCUGCGGGUAGGCGUGUAUCGAUCGGCGUGGGUGGGAGUGUCGUGCAGUGGCAAAGCCGUCUAUCCGUCUGUCUUUGGGAGAUGUGUCCGGGGCAACCUAUAACUAACGUAUUUAAAACUUUUAUUUGGAUUUAUUUUUAUAUUGUUGCAAAUGUAUCUGCUAAGUCGGAAGUACGUGUCAUAAGAAUUGAUUUGUAG